GCAGCUCCAACCAAAUACAUCCCAGCUCACAAGCAGACGUAGACACGGAGACCAGCAAUGAAGACCUUCUUGCUGAUGCUGUGUUGCCUGGCAGCCAGUCAUGGCUGGACAUGCACUGAGGGUCCUCGCCUCUACAGCAAUGUAGCACAGAUUGAUGCUGGACAGGGCAUGGUGGUGGUUAGAGACAGAUACUACUAUGCUUACUUUCUCAGUGGAAACUACUUUUACAGACUCGGCACUGUUAGACUGAAUCAUGUCACAGUAGGACCUGCUGGGAUCUGGGGCACUGACACCUCAAACAAGGUGCAUAAAUUCAUUGCCAACAACUUCACAACAGUUUCAGGAUCUUUGCGGCAGGUGGAUGCAGGCGGCGAUGGCCAGGUUGUUGGAAUAACAUCCAGUAAUGUUACUUACUGUCUGCGCAGUGGCUACGCCUCAGCCUACAAAGGUACGGGAUCUGUGAGCUGGUCAUCCCUGUCAAGGAAGAUGAAGUACGUAAGCUGCAGCCCUAGCAACGUUUGCUGGGGUGUUGACACAAGCUCACAAGUCUACGUCAUACAGAGAGUAAUACCAACCACCUGUGGCACCUCUUCCUGGAUCAGAGUGUCAGGGAUAAGCAUGAAAAUGGUGGAGAUUUCGACUGAUGGAACUGUGUUUGGAUUGGCCACAAAUGGUCGGGUCUACCAAAGACGUGGCAUUUACAGCUCUCGCCCACAAGGUACAUCUUGGUUGUCCGUCCCCAUGUGCAUGCCAAUAAACCACCUGAGCUACGACCUGGGUCGUCUUUGGGUUGCCACCACCUCUGGCUUGCUCAUGGUAUGCACCCACUAGUGACACCUCGAUGGAUCAUCCUCAGAGUGCAGUAUACUCAGUGUGUUGUGGAAAACUUCUUUUUUUUUUCUUUGUGAAAGAGAAAUUCUUUUAGUGGUGUCUUGGCUGUCAUCUCUAUGUAUUUCUAUCCAUUCUUUUGAUUAUUCCAUACACACAGUUGGUACAUUAUGAGCAUUUGAUAUGUUUUUUCCCCCUCAGUGUUAUCACCAGGGUAACCAUUAAUCUCCUUGUUAUUUUUUGUGGAAACAGUGAACAGUAAGAAAAUGACUUAUAGAUGCGUCGGUUACUUUUUAAAAAAAAUCAGCAACACUCUCCAAAACUUAUAAGCAACAAAGUAGCUACAGCAAUGAAAACAUUCUGCAAACUGACACAUUUAAUUUGAAUUUGUUGAAUUAAAUAAACUCAAACUUAUCGGACUGUGAGAAAGAAAUAAAUGCCAAUAAAGAAAUGUGGAUGCAGAAAUAAGAAAAUGCAUUAAAAUGUACCUUGAGUCCAACUGAUUCGUUCUGAUCCGUCUGCCAUUUACUAGCAUACUUUCUCCUGUUAGGAAAUGAAUAUACAUGCAAUUUCAUGUUGGUUUUGUCUUGUAGCAUUUGAAUGCUUAUUAGGUUUGAACUUAUUAGAAAUGUAAUGUGCCACUGGUUGUUCAGGUUUACAAUGUUCAAACUGGGAAAUGCAAUAAAGUUUGGUUAGCACAA